UUCAGUUCAUCAACUUGACUGGUAGCAGGACUGGAAAUAAUAGACUAUGGAUAAAAUGUAUUCUCAACAAGUUUUCGAUCUUGUUACAGGCCCGAAAAUUGGAAGAGUGUUCCCAGAUGGUUGACCAGUUGAAUAAAAAGCUUUCCAGUGUAUCGGAAGUGACACGGAACUCAUAUAUUUUGGAAGUAAUUGCGUCUGAGAUUGAGCUUUUGUCUCUUUACAAACCCCUCAAUGUGGCGAGAUUGAAUUACUUGUAUAAAAAAAGCAUGACAAUUGCCUCUCCAGUUACGCAUCCACGAAUAAUGGGAGUCAUCAAGGAAUGUGGAGGGAAACUUGAGUUUUUCAAAGGUCACUAUGAGGUCUCAAGAGCAAACUUUUAUGAUAGUUUUAAAAACUUUGACGAAUGUGGAGCCAACGAAAAGGACCAAAGUUUCAAGUACUUGAUUUUGCUUUCCGUCAUCACCGAAAAUCAAUUCAAUCCGUUUGAAUCUCAGGAGACUCAGCACUAUGUCCAACAAUCAGAUUUCCAGAAAUUGUUAGUGAUGAUUGAAUGCUUCAGUGAGCUCGACUUGAAUACCUACAAAGAUUGCUUAAAGGAGUUGGGGGAUGAUGAGUUUUUCUCGGAUGAGAUCUUUAUUCAGUCAGCUCAAAUCAUCCGGGAAUUGAUUGUAGAUAAGAUUCUUUUGAACUUUUUCAAGUCAUAUUCUCUCAUAACCUUCAAGUUCAUUCAGGAUUCUCUUCGAAUAAGUGAGUCUCAAUUGCAAGAUAAACUCCUAGCUCUUGGCUGCUCAGGAAAAUUGGGCUCCGUCAAGGUCAACUUUAUAGAUAAGGUGAUUGAGUCUAAGGCCUCAAACUCAAAAAGUCUCCACUACCCACCGACACUCGACUCAAAGCAAAUUCUCACUAAUAUGAAGUGCUUAAGCUGUGUCGGUUUUCUUAGUGGGCCUGCCACUAUUGAGGAUGAUGGCAUGAAUAUCGAUGAACCAAGCGGUGAUACCAGUCCGACUGGUUCGGGCACCAACGAAGAUAGUGUCGUUGAGACACCUUUGGUGCCAACCCCGAAGCCUGUUGAGUACAAUACCAAUUCAGUGACUAGCCGUUUUCUCUUUCUUUCGAGCAAGACUGAUAGGGAGAAGGAUAUUCUUACGAUAGUUGACCACUGGUUUGGUAUUUUGAAAAGCUCUUUUCCAGAACCUUUUAGGGUUGAGUUGAGUACAAUGGACCAGAUUUUCACCGAACAGAGACUUGGUCAAAGUAACCCAGAUGUCAUCGUCCAGCUUCAGAAUAACCAAAGCGAAAGCUUUGACCCCAAAGAAAAAAUACGGCUUCUUCAGGUUUGGUGUAAAGAGUUGUUGAACAACUUAAAUAAUACUUAGUUCAAUUUAAUAAAUGAGGUGGCUG